ACUAUAUAGUCUGCCAGGGAACUGCAAUGCUACGCGUAUUCUCUUAAACACGUUCCAGGGCUGGUCCCUGCCCUCGCUUUUAUAUUCUUCAGAUUCCGGGGUUUAUUAGCAAUCUCGAUGUGAUCGCAGGCACAAAGCAAGCGUGCAACGAUCACUUUCACUGUUAAAAAGGAGAUCAUUUGUCAGUGCAAAAAUAAUUCACGUUUGUUGUCGCAGCUGACUGGAUUUCCUGACUUCAUUCCAGCCCAUUAAUGAUUCUGCUCCUGCUGAUGACAGAAGCUGUAAGGGCUGUAGGAGCGGAGAUGUACGGAGCGUGAGCAGCCUGCCAUGGCUAACCGAAAGAGGCAGGGGACCGGCAGCGGCAUGUCUGAGCCCCUCCCUCGGCCCUGCCCCGCCCCGUUCCCCACCGAUGGGAAUGAAGAGGUGUCCCAGGGCGAGGAAGCCCCCCAGCACCCCUACUGCGUGCCCCAGGAACCCGUCUCCAAGGACAGCCGCCCGGCCACGCCCAACACCCCCGAUCGCGCCCACGCAGGCUGCCGCGCCCACCCAGACAGCGUGGACGGGGACUCCAGCUCCGACUACGUCAACAACACGUCGGACGAGGAGGAAGACUUCGACGAAGGGCUGCCCGAAGAGGACGAGGGCGUGACCUACUACAUCCGCUACUGCCCCGAGGACGACAGCUACCUGGAGGGGGUGGAGUGCGGCGAGGGGGAGUACCACACCGUCCAUCCGCAGCCGGGCCCCGACACUGACGAAUCCCAGGAGGCGGUGGAGGAGUGGGCGGAGCCGGAGGGGCGGAGCGAUGUGCUGGAGGAAGCCGCGGAUGAGCCGCCGCGGUUUGACGGGAGUCCUGAACCUCUCCAAGACCAGCACCCCGCCUCACUGACGGUCGCCAAACUGGGGAACGAGGAGGCGGAAGGGGAGGAGAGCGAGGGGUACUGCCCUACCAAGGCGGAAGAAGGGGAGGAGCCAGACGGAGGUGAUUACACGGGGGACUAUUACGCCCCAGAGCACAAUGGGAACUCUGCGCCUGUGUCACCCUGCCGGGGCCGCAGGGGCGGGGAGGGGGGCGAGCGGGGUGGUGUGGGCGUGGUGCAGGGCGGGGAGGACGCGGAGGAGGACAUCGACCAGAUCGUGGCCGAAAUCAAGAUGAGCAUGAGCAUGGGCAGCCUGAGCAGCGGCACGGACCAGAGCCCGGAGGAGCUGCAGCUGGACGCCCUGCCGAAGGACUGCCCCGAGCCCCCCGCCAGGCCCGAACCCGCCCCUUACGCCCCGCACCCCCACGAGGGCCGCCCCAAAUCUCUCAACAUCCCCCCCGCACGACACAGCAACCCUGAGCUGCAGAGAGGGCUGAAGGCUCGCUCCUACUCUCCGGAAGAGAGGCCCCAGUCAGCACAGGAACAGCAGGGAUCCAACAGUGUGGAUCAGCCCCGGAAACAGCAACGGUCUGAUCUGAAUGGGCCAGUGGAGAAUAAUAAUGCCACAGAGCAAACCAAGAAGACUGCCGCUUUCCCGAGUUUUGUCGAUGUCCCAGGGCCCUGUGAGCCGGAGGACCUCAUUGAUGGGAUCAUCUUUGCUGCCAAUUACCUGGGCUCCACCCAGCUGCUGUCCGAGCGGAACCCGUCCAAAAACAUCCGCAUGAUGCAGGCCCAAGAGGCGGUGAGCCGGGUGAAGAGCCCGGAAGGAGACGCGCAGACGUUGACGGAGGUGGACCUCUUCAUCUCCACGCAGAGGAUCAAAGUGCUCAACGCAGACACACAGGAGGCCAUGAUGGACAACGCCCUGCGCACCAUCUCCUACAUCGCCGACAUCGGGAACAUCGUGGUGCUGAUGGCCCGCCGGCGCAUGCCCCGCACCGCCUCGCAGGACUGCAUCGAGACCACGCCCGGGGCGCCCGAGGGCAAGAAGCAGUACAAGAUGAUCUGCCACGUCUUCGAGUCGGAGGAUGCACAGCUCAUCGCGCAGUCCAUUGGUCAGGCAUUCAGCGUGGCCUACCAAGAGUUCCUGAGAGCCAAUGGGAUCAACCCCGAGGACCUGAGCCAGAAAGAGUACAGUGACAUCAUCAACACGGAGGAGAUGUACAACGAUGACCUCAUCCACUUCUCCAACUCUGAGAACUGCAAAGAGCUGCAGCUGGAGAAGCAGAAGGGGGAGAUCCUGGGCGUGGUCAUCGUGGAGUCCGGCUGGGGCUCCAUCCUGCCCACGGUCAUCCUGGCCAACAUGAUGAACGGCGGCCCUGCCGCGCGCUCCGGCAAGCUGAGCAUCGGAGACCAGAUCAUGUCCAUCAACAACACCAGCCUGGUGGGGCUGCCCCUCGCCACCUGCCAGGGCAUCAUCAAGGGCCUGAAGAACCAGAUGCAGGUAAAGCUGAACAUUGUGAGCUGCCCCCCUGUCACCACCGUCCUCAUCAAACGACCAGACCUCAAAUACCAGCUGGGCUUCAGUGUGCAGAAUGGCAUCAUCUGCAGUUUGAUGCGCGGAGGCAUUGCGGAGAGGGGUGGAGUCCGCGUCGGCCACCGCAUCAUCGAGAUCAACGGACAGAGCGUGGUGGCCACUGCGCAUGAGAAGAUCGUUCAGGCCCUGUCCAACUCCGUGGGCGAGAUCCACAUGAAGACAAUGCCAGCAGCCAUGUUCAGACUCUUAACUGGGCAGGAGACUCCCAUGUACAUCUAGAGCCAGAAUGGACUUUGUUUCACACGAAAAGCCACAAGAGGGAGUUGUUUGCACAUGUCCAGGGACCUCUGGGAACAUGACCUUUCGGAAUUAGUCAAGCAAACGAACAAAGGGGAAUUGAAAGCCUUUUCUCGUCAUUUCCUACUUUUUUUGCCAUCUUACUCAGCGCAAAGGAAUUUCUUGGCUCUUCUUUUCCCGUACCACUCUCCGGACACUCACAGCAUUUUAAGGACAUUUUAAAGAGAACAACUGAAAAGAAAUAUCAUGUAUUGUAUUUAUUUGUGCCAUCUGUCUAUGGUAUGUAUGUCUUGUCAGAAAAUUUGAAGAAAAAAAGAGGAGUGAAUGUCUCAUGGAUUAUUUUUUUAUAUGCAUAUAAAUAUUGACAUGGUAUAUAUUCUGUACAUUUCUGUUUUUGCUUUUGUAUUUUUUUUUGUAGUGUAAAUAUUAUUAUUUUUUUGCUUGAGGUGUCUAUUGGGAUAUGCCAUUGCUGUGCUGCAUAUAUUUACUGACUUUCCCUAUUGUAGCACCACUGGACUCCCUUGAUCCAGAUGUGGAUCUACUUAGGAAAUGCAGACAAAUUAGUUCCAGAUCAAAACCCGUCAUCUCAGAAAUUGAUUCUGCGGCAUCAACAAACGCUUGAGAACAUGUUGGGCUGAAAGCGGAAGUUAGCUUAAGUUUGAGCCUCAGGGUCAAACCUCAAGACCAUAGAGAUUAGACCAACUGCUUUACAACUGGAACAACUGAUUCUUAUUUGACAGAUUCAGAUAUCUCUUCUGGUUCUCAUGCAGCUCCAUGAUCUAGUGGUUAUAGCCUGGGGUUUCAACUCCAGCUAAGUACGCUGUUAUCACCACACCAAGCAGAAAAGUUUGGUUGAGAAUGUAGUUCCAUCAAUAACUUCUGACUUCAUAGCAUCACUGCCUGAAUGAUGUGGCAGCUCGUGACUUCAUUGUAGUUCAAGUUAAAAGACACUGGUUUUAGUAAACAUGCUUUUUUUGACUGCUGUUACGUUUUAGCUAGUAAUGAUAGUUGGUACAUUUUAGGAAGUCACAUAUUUCACCAAAACAGUUUGUUUUGUGUUUGAUACAUAAGUCCAAAGAUGACGAUAUUUAAACAUUUUAGGGAAUUUAGGCAUACCGUUUUUAAAAGGCCUAGAAAAGAAAUUGUCUUAAAGUAUGGAAACACAACAUAUGGGACAGUGUUAUGUUUCUUCACACACUAAUGGGAGAAAUUUAAUCCCCCCUGAAAAUAAUUGAAUAUGUACAUUGUUCUUCAAUUCAAACCCACAAAGCUAAUGCAAACAUGAAACUGAAAUUUUUAAAAAAAUUGCGUGUUCUGUUAAUUUCUUGUUUCCUAGGGAACUUUGUCUGCGUGGAUUGUAAGUGUAACGUAACAGAAUUGUAUUCAUAAUCAUCUACAGUAUUUAGAAUGUGUGUACAUAAUGAAGACCUUCCGUAUUGUGCCCAUUUGUGAAUUACUGUUGGUCGCUGCAAACCUUCUCAUCAGAAUUGGCCUAUUUCAUGAAUGAAUGAUAAUGAUAAAAUAAAAUACACUGUGACUGAAAAGCCUUACCAUUGAGUAAGGCAUCAACAAUGUAUUGUUGAAUAAUGACAUUGAAAAAGGAACAAAACAUUAAAAUUGUUGUGUUUGCAUGCAGCUGAAGCUGGAACGAAGUCAUUAUGGAAAAAAGAACAAAAAAUAAAUUUUGCCAUUCAAUUUUUAA